GUCAGAUGGGAGAUAUAAGUGUAUAUGAAGUCUUGCACAAACUGCAGUUUAGUACCAGGAAGUACCUGUCGAUGAAAGAUAAGCAGCCUGCCAGGAUGCAAAUGUUAUUACUCUACUAAUUGCCUAAAAUAAUUUCCUGCUCUCGUCAGGAAACGAUGCACAUACUCGUUCUGACUCGGUGUUUUAUCUGUGGGCAGGACUGGGCCCUUUCCCCAUUUCUCAGCUUGAGCUAGCUGCCCAUGCCCUCAGCCCUGACCACGUAUGUUCAGUGUGCUGCUGAAGGAGAGGGCCGAGAAGCAAAACACAGGCUACCUGUCACCCCUAAGAAGUAUAUCAAUACACCCCAAUUUCUUACCCAAGUGCUACACUAUGUCGCUAAUAAUGCUUGUGACCUUUUGCAGGCAGAGUUGUUAAUAGCUGUGUCUAGACAGAGAGAAAUUUUCCUUCAUCAGAUGGUGUUUAACCUUUUUUCAGUUUUCUGCAAAUGAGCGUCAUCUCAGCAUCUCCCCAGAGGCUCUUGCUGCUGGCCAGUCUUCCAAACGAUAAUUAAUCAGCAGGAAAAAAAAUAUGCCAGCAACUUGUUUAUUGUGAAACACAACUGUCAGGCUAUUAAUUACUUUUUCCUAUUGUACUUCGAGUAAAGGACUAAACCAGCAAGUCUUUUCAGCCCUAUCAACUAUAGAGCAGAGAAACAUGUCAUCAAAACAUCGCCAUCCGUGGUGUCACUCCGGCACCCUCCUGUGGGCAUCGUGGGUUGUCUGGGCGAGAGGCAGCACGAGGGGUCCCCCACUCCCACAUCGCACCCAUGGGUGCAAGAUGUCCCCUGCACAACCCGUCUGGGCAGGGAGGAGAAAGAAGGCAUCUGUUUAAAAUCAGGUUAAAUAAAAGGAAGCUUUUGCAACCCAGCGGCAGUAGCCCAGGGAAGCAACGUAAUUGCAGGUUGGGCCAGCCGCAGCCACCAGUGUCACCCUGGAGACCGGCUGGUAAACGCCAGGCCUCCCAAAAAGGGGGAGGCAAGGCAGCCGCAUGCCAGGCACAGCAAGGCAUGACCGAGAGAUGGCAAUCCAGGCCAAAAGAAACCUGUCUAAAACCACUGACCCUGUAGAAAGACUUCGACUAAAGUGCUUAGCAAGGGGAUCUGCAGGCAUUAAAGGACUUGGCAGAGUAUUUCGGAUUAUGGAUGAUGACAACAGCAGGACCCUUGAUUUCAAAGAAUUUGUGAAAGGAUUAAAUGAUUAUGCUAUGAUGAUAGACAAGGAAGAAGCACAAGAGAUUUUCCGGAUAUUUGAUAAAGAUGGCAGUGGAACAAUUGAUUUUGAUGAAUUUCUUGUUACACUGAGACCUCCCAUGUCAAAUGCCAGAAAAGAGAUCAUCAUGCAGGCAUUUAGGAAGUUAGAUAAAACUGGAGAUGGUGUCGUCACGAUUGAAGACUUACGGGGAGUGUAUAAUGCAAAACACCAUCCCAAGUACCAAAACGGAGACUGGACAGAAGAUCAGGUUUUUAGGGCCUUUCUGGAUAAUUUUGAUUCACCCUAUGACAAAGAUGGGAAGGUCACAACAGAAGAAUUCAUGAACUACUAUGCAGGAGUCAGCGCCUCAAUAGACACUGAUGUCUAUUUUAUCGUCAUGAUGAAGAACGCUUGGAAACUCUGAUUGUAUGAUUAAAAGAACAAGACUUUACUUUCACCUUUUGUAGGUUCCCAUGAUUAAGUGUAUGCACAACAACAAGCUCAUUUUCCAAAAUAGCAGCUUCCAGUAACUGUGCCAAUUACAGUCUUACAGUCAAUCUACAGAAAUAAUUCCCAGUUGCUUUGGUAGUCUCAGCCUCAGGGGAUUGGCAGCAUAAUCGGAGAGCAGAUCUGGCAUCCAGCCAUUCAGCAGAUCUAACCCUUUUCUCCCUGCAUCCCUGACAUGUCUUUUCAUCUCUGAGAUGAGCUUUUCUUCUCUUCUCAGACAUCCACAGCAGGUCACCGUGACUCUUGAAUGUAUCCCUCUCCAGCACUAGAUACAGCUCCAAGGGACAGAGGACACGAGGAGGAAAAUAAAUGUUCAGGAAGGGUGAUGGUCUGGGGCAGGCUGUUAGGAACAUGAGAGAGUGCCCCAGGGGAUAACAGGGGUGGGCUGGAGGGUCACAUACCCCUCCCGCCUGGCUUCUUGUGUCUCACCCGUGGGACGGAGUCACUGCCUAAGUGCUCAGCUUGGUGCUGGGAACCUGUGAGUUCCCAGUGCCGGGAGGCUGGAGAGGGAGACAAACCAAGCAGGGGAGGAUGGAUCAAUAUAAAUGCCAAAGACUCUUUAGAGCCCUGUUUUUCCACAGCUUACAACUCAAAAUAUGUCAGCAUGCAGGCAUCUUUUGUGCGCAUGCCUUGCUUCAAACCUCUGUGGGCCUGCUUAUUGCUUUCCCCCCCACUUUGGUUUCUUUCUUUUUGUACUCUGAAACCAUCUCACUAAUGGUUUUCUUUAAAUGGCAUACGUAUUACAGUAUUUUCUUCUCUCUGUUCCUGGAACAUUUACCAGUAGGGUAGCUGUUGUCUGUAUACACUGACACCGAAAGUUGCUUGCUGCUUUUUCUGCUUUUCGUAUUUGUAUUGGUUUAUGACCGAGCUAUGUCUUCAGGGAACUUUCUGGGAACUCAGGAACUUGUAAUUUUCUUGUCUGGUCAUCUUCUGUUUCUGAUGCUGAAGAAAGGGUGGGAACACAUCCUUCUCCUUGCUGCCCCUGGCCACACUAAUGAGACUGUCAGUUCUGAGAUCUACUGUCCUCUCCCCAUGCAGAGAGUGGGGAAAUGGCACAACAAGGAAACUUAAAAAAAUAAGAAGAAGAAGAAGGGGGAGGGGAGGGCAACGUAUAUAAUCAUUCCUCUCUUGAUUCCUUUUUCUUUUGUCUUCUUUCUGUUUCUCUCACAAUGUCCUGAUGUUCCCCAAGACUGAGUUGCUGUAGCAAAGAGUAAAUGGCUUAUGCAUGGCAGUGUUUGCUCCAUUUCAGACUGGCAGCCAGCUAAAAGCAGUGUAGACUCACAGACUAUACUUUCAAAUGAAUUUGUCUGAUGAAGUCUCUGCUUGUGCUUAGUAUGGACUGUUUGUGUAUGCAAGGAUGUAUUACACUAAUCAAACACAAGGAAUCAUAUAAAUCAUUAAGGUUGGAAAAGACCACCAAGAUCAUCUGGCCCAACCAUCACGCUACCACCAACGUCACCCACUAAACCAUGUCCUUAAGCACCACGUCCAACCUCUCCUUGAACACCCCCAGGGAUGGUGACUCCACCACCUCCCCGGGCAACAAGUUCCAAGGCCUGACUGCUGUAAGUUUGAGCACUGCAGUCCUGCGUGCUUCUAGCUCUAGUCCUGUGCAAACUCUGCUUUUGUUUUUCCCAGCCAUGACCUUAGUACAAGCAAUAGCUGUUUGAAAUUCCUUAGUAAAUGCUGUGCGAGCUCAAUUAUUGUCUUUGAUCCGUGAACCUCUAGAAAUUUGCGUACUGGCUAACAGUGUAAAAUAGUGGAAAGAGUUUUUUUGUGGUUACCAUUGAUCGUAAUAGGAGUCUUACUGAGAUGCUACUGAGGUGCCAACAUAGCUUAUAUAAAAAACAAACUUGCUGCAAAUAGAGGCUUUGCAUAUCCUGGCAGCUUGUGUGCAAUACAUUUCUUCUUCAUUUACUAACUGGCUCCAGAACAGGGUAUCAUGUUAGCUAUCUUCUAAGUUUCAACUAAAAAGAUAGCAAUGGUAAUGUAUGGCAGGCAUCACAAAAUGAAGUGAUUUCCUUCUGACAUGCUAGCUCAUGGUUUCAGACUCCACAAGUAAUCUGUUGUGCUGACAUUUAAUCAAGGGCAGUGGAAAUUUAAAUCUGCAUAGCUGCAACUCCUAACCAGUUUGUCUUCUCAGUACCAACCCUUUCCAAUUUUACUUAAUCCCCAAAGCAAUAUACAUUUCUAGAGGGGAGGAUUAACUGGGAGGAGGAACAACAGAGUCAAAGAGCAGAACUGGAAACAACAAAGCAUUUUUAAAGCCUGCAGAAGCUUUGCUACCGGCCUCAGGCAGCCUUUGGUUUAGCCUCUGAUGUUGACCUGAGGGUGGGAGCCAUGGGAGCUCACGCCCCUCGUGCUGGUGGCAGGGCUCAGUGAGCAUCCCGUGGGCUCCUCACUCUGCCCAGCUGCUGUCCUGUCACCCAUGGGGCAUGCUCCUCAGCAUCUCCAGGAGGACAUUUUUCAUGAUUACAUUGCUUCAAAACCUUGAGCCGCCCUUCAACCCCUCACCAUCCCUCUCUGCUGGGGCUGCUGUGCUGCCAGCUGGGAGAGCCACAAAUGAAGCUUGAGUGCCCGUGCUCAGCUUCAGGCUGCUGUGUGCCGGGUACAGAGCUGGCAGAUGCUGGAGAUAGACCUCAGUGCAGGCUGUCCUGCCAGCCCGUGAUUGCAGAGCGCACACGGCAGAUGCUGGGAGAUAGGUGGCAAUGCACGUGACCGUAUCUGGCGCUGCCAUCAAGAUUGUCAGAUCUUGGUUGGUACUUCACGCUCAAACAUUUUAUUUCUUCUUUCUGAUUGUGCAACAGAUGCUAAACAGGAUGGCACAAACCAUAGGAACAUCUGAGUCUGCAGGGCUGUGGGGCAACACCAGAGGUGAAGGUUUCAGCUCCAGCCUUGCUGCAAAAAUGCUGUCUGACCCAUCUGGUCCUUUAGGGAGGGAAAUGGCUCCCCCCUACCUCUACCUGGGCCAUCAGAGCAUCUCUGUGACUGCCCCAAACUGGCACAAGGUGAGGGGAGAGGCAGGGCACAGCCUCUCCCUUCAGCAUAGUCCCAGGAAAGGAAAGGCUGCUUCUGCAACAGUCGGUACUUCAUGUUGGUUUUGCCCCUGGUGUGGUUUUGUGGCUUUGUAUUUUUGUUCCUGGAGUGGAACUUUUUGGCUUGAUCUGGUCCAGAGUUGUUUGGUUCGUGUUUCCCUCCUGCAGCAAGAAUUUUUGGUUCAGGCAACCAAGCUUUGAUGCAAGCCUCUCUCACUCUUGUAAUCAGGCCACAGGAUGUGCUCACCGAACCGGUUCACUUCACUGGUCCCCUGGCAGAAAGCUGUCGUGGCAGGGACAGAUGGAAGCAGCUGAGGCUUUUGCAGAUGAAACCAGCUGCACACGCUGCUAAAUGAAAGCCAGCGAGGCAGUGACUGCACAGCCCUGCCCCAAAGCCUCGCCGCUGCGUGGGCAGAGCGGAGCUGUGCCACCCCGCAGCCGGGCUCGUGCCUCCGCCGGUACCAGCUGACAGAAGGGGCCAGCCCAGUGGUUUGGGCUGGUUUUGCUACUGACCUCUGUGCUGGGAGCAGCAGCAUGAUCAGCUUUCCAUGGUAAACCAGAAAAUGCUGAGAGCAGCCCAAUGCCGUCACCAGCUGCCCACUUUCUGUGACUUUUGCUAUGAUUACAGCUCCUCCAGAGCAACUCUGACCUUAUCGCAUAGACUUACUAGUUUAGACAGUCCCAUCAAUGGAUUUUCUGCUUCGUUUCUCAUGUUUUAAUUAAAAAAAAAUAAAAUCUUUACUAACAUUUGGAGCUCCUUACAUUCAUCUGGUGAUGGUUCUAGUGUUGGAAUACUUUAAUUUCAUUGUGGCAUCUAAGUCGUGCAGUCAAUGUUUAGCAAUAACCAGAAUAACUUGUCUUACGUUCAGUUUGCCAGGACAUAACAACAACUCUGUCUCCAAACACACCAAGCUCAAUACACUGACCUCAGAGUUAUUGGAAUAAACAAAGUGUCAGAGCUUGCUGGGGCAGCACAUCCUGAUGUCAGAUCAGGACAACCUGAUGAAAAAGUCAGACUUCUCUGAAAGAGGCUAAAGAUUUUUCUGCAAAACAUGGGAACGUGUUACAUAAACACCUUGCUGUGGGCUACAGUCUGUAGCCAUCACACGUUUUUAACUCUGUUUUUCUCA